GAGAGAGAGAGGAGGCUAUCCUUUGAAAAUGGUGAAUGAAUGUAACUAAAGUUUCUUAGAGUACUUGUCAUAUGUGGUAUGGACAUGGCGGUAGAUGUGUUUCCAAGGACAGCAUCAAAAUCCAGGAAGACACACUCUUUGUCUGUUGGUGGAAGAAGACAACACAAAUGUGGACAAACACACACAAAAAGAAGGAAACGAAGUUUCCCAACCUUGGAUUUCAGCUUCUGUUUGUGCUCUCCAAUCAUUUCCCUCCUCGUACAUUUCCUCCUUGUUGGUUCUACCCUUUGUCUUGUUCAUUCUUCUGAAUUGGGUACCCACCCAAUUGCCAAUCAAACUUUUCGCCCAAACGAAGAGUUGAACAAAUUAAAGACCAUAAGAAACCGUCUUCAGCAAAUCAAUAAGCCUGCUGUUAAGACAAUUCAGAGUCCUGAUGGUGAUAUAAUAGACUGUGUGGUGUCUCAUAAGCAACCAGCUUUUGAUCAUCCUCUACUCAAAGGACAGAAACCAUUGGAUCCUCCGGAAAGACCAAGAGGUCAUGACCAAAUGGGUGAUUUGAGUGAGAAUUUUCAGUUGUGGAGCUUAUAUGGGGAAUCAUGUCCCGAAGGAACGAUUCCAAUUAGAAGAACAACAGAACAAGACAUGUUAAGAGCUAGCUCUGUUAGCAGAUUUGGAAGAAAAAAUAUAAUUAGGCAUGUCAGAAGGGACACCAGCAGCAAUGGACAUGAGCAUGCGGUUGGCUAUGUGACAGAAGAUCAGUACUAUGGAGCAAAGGCUAGCAUAAACGUGUGGGCACCCCUUGUGGAAAACCAAUAUGAAUUCAGCUUGUCUCAAAUGUGGGUCAUUUCUGGUUCAUUUGGGGAUGAUCUCAACACCAUUGAAGCUGGUUGGCAGGUCAGCCCGGAGCUAUAUGGGGACAGCUACCCUAGAUUCUUUACUUAUUGGACGACCGAUGCAUAUCAAGCAACUGGGUGUUACAAUUUACUGUGCUCAGGCUUUGUUCAAACCAACAGUAAAAUUGCAAUUGGAGCAGCAAUCUCUCCAACUUCUUCAUAUAAUGGUGGGCAAUUUGAUAUUAGCUUGCUUAUAUGGAAGGAUCCAAAGCAUGGGAAUUGGUGGCUGGAAUUUGGAUCUGGGAUCCUAGUUGGUUACUGGCCAUCCUUCCUGUUCAGCCACUUAGGGGAUCAUGCAAGUAUGAUACAAUUUGGUGGAGAAAUAGUGAAUUCAGGGUCAUCAGGGUCUCACACUUCCACCCAAAUGGGUAGUGGACAUUUUGCUGAGGAGGGUUUUGCAAAAGCUUCAUAUUUUAGGAAUUUGCAAGUUGUGGAUUGGGAUAACAACUUGAUUCCCUUGUCAAAUCUCAGGGUUCUAGCAGAUCACCCUAAUUGUUAUGACAUACAAGGAGGGGUUAAUAAUGCUUGGGGGAAUUAUUUUUACUAUGGUGGACCUGGCAGAAAUGUAAAGUGUCCCUAAGGAAAUUAAUUAAUGAUAUAGAAUUAUAGAUAGAGGUCAUCUAUUGAACAACCAUUACCACCUCGA